AUGGAUAAAGACUCCAUCACUCUCGACAUUCCAGAGCUCGAUGAAAUCCCAACCAUAGAGCUCGACGGCUUGGGCUCCCUGGACUCAAUAGAAAACGGGUCUAUCGACUCCUCCAGCGAGGAAGUAGAUAAUAGUGCCAUUUCAAAAAUACAUGAAUACCUUGAUAAGGACUUGGAGGAUCAGGACCUUUUGAUAGAAAAGCUGAAGGCAUUCGAGAAGAAGCUGGAUGAUCAUAUUAAUGGUCACAAGACUCAUAGAACUUAG